UGGAGGAGUGUGUGUGUGUGUGUGAGAUGUAAAGUGACUUCAAAAUCAAAGCAGUGACAUAAAAAUGGCUGCUUUAACUAGCGAUGAGCAGUGGAUUCAAGCGAAGGAUCAUCAUCAUCAUCAUCAUCAUCAUCAUGGUUCAGUGUCCAAGACAAAGAAAACCAGUCCUAAUUCCAAAGCAGCAGCGAUCAUCACAAAACGAAGAUCUCGAGCUUCCAAGAAAACCCCAGUCACUCUCCUCAACGCCAACGCCUCCAACUUUAGGACUCUUGUCCAACACUUCACCGGCUGCCCUACCACUCCCUUGUCCCUCGGCGUCCCUUUUAAGGGCCCCUUAACUCUAAACUUCCAACGAGGAACCCGAGAAGUCCAUCAGAUUCAUCACCACAACACUUCAUCAUCUAGACACGAUGAUCAUCACAACAACAGCCAAGUUCUUCGUGUUCGUUUUCAUCAUCAUCAUCAGCAGCAGCAGCAGCACCAGCAGGAUGUCUCCGGUGAUCUCAGUGACGACUUUGAUGGUCUUCUUCAAGAGCAGCAAGUUUUCAAUGCAGGUGAUGAUCUUCAUCAUUACCAGCAUAUGACGAUGACGGAGAGAAGAUCAUCAAGUGGCGCCGCUGAUCUUAUUGAUCCCAGUGGUUAUUCUUCUUCUGCUGUUUCUUCCUCCUCCUCGUGUGGCCUGGACGUCGUCUCUGAUCUUACUACUGAUGACUUUGAUGGUUUCAUGGAUGAUUUUAGUUUGCACGAUCUGAUUGAUAUGAACAAUGCUUUCUCCAAUGAUUUAGGUUAUUUCGUGUGAAGAUUCAACACUAUCAGUGUGUUAAAUUAUAUAUAGAAUUGAUGGAAAGAGAGUUCGAUAAAGGAAUUCCCGAGCUUCAUCAGCUUAUCCCUGAAUCUGAACAAAUUGUGGACUUAAUUACAAUUAGCUUCUACUUUUGUCUGCUUCCUAUGAUCAUAAUUUACUUGAAUAAUCUAAUUUAUGAUUUGCUUGUGCAAGCUAAGAAUGGUUCUUUGGAUAGCCAAUCACACACACAGCCACCCUGUUAUUGAGUUUGGAAUAAUUCUUCUUGCGUAAAUCAUCAUUUGGUAGUAAUUAGGACUAUCCAUUAAUCCUAA